AUGUACAUCGACAUCGACGUCCACCACGGCGACGGCGUCGAACAAGCCUUCUGGUCAACCGACCGCGUGCUCACAGUCUCCUUCCACAAAUACGACAAAGACAAUUUCUUCCCGGGCACUGGCGCCCUAGACGAUACAGGGCCCUCCCACCCCCUCAACCCAGGCGCCCACCAUUCAAUCAACGUUCCCCUCAACGACGGCAUCGACGACGACUCCUACAUCCAGCUCUACCACGAAGUCAUCGGCGCCUGCAUCGCUACCUACCGUCCCGGCGCGAUCGUCCUCCAAUGCGGCGCUGAUAGUCUAGGCUGCGACAGACUCGGCUGUUUCAACCUGAACGUGCGCGCGCACGGCGCCUGCGUCGCGUUCACGAAGACGUUCGGGUUACCACUUCUCGUCGUUGGAGGCGGCGGCUACACACCGCGCAAUGUAUCGCGAGCGUGGGCACAUGAGACAUCGAUCCUGCUUGAGGCGGACAAGAUAUUGGACCCAACGAUCCCGGAUGCGGUUGCGUUCCGGAAUCACUUUGGUCCUGAUUACUCGCUUUUCCCGCCCCUGUCGGAACUGCGGAAACUUGAGAAUAAGAAUCCGCGUCCUUAUCUUGCUGGGCUUGUUGAGGCUGUCCAUGAGCAGUUGCGGUAUAUCCAGGGCGCGCCGAGUGUGCAGAUGAGUUUUAUUCCGCCUGAUAUUUUGGGUCUUAGGGAGGAUACGGAGAAGGAGAUUGAAGAGCAGAUGUUGCUUGCUGAAGAGGAGAGGGAGGAGUUUGACGGAGGUGGGUCUGUUGCUGCUGCUUCGGCUGCGGUUGCUGGCUCUGGGACUGCUUAUACUGGUUCUGCCGGGGCUAUUCCGCGUCCUAAUCGGCGUAGGGAGCUUGAGCGUGGGGCUGGGUAUAAGGGGGAGCUUUAUUCUUGA